CUUGGCCAACAGACUCCUUGGCCAACAGACUCCUGGGCGGCGAGGCUUUCAAGAAAGAAGAAACAGGACUCUGUGUGCAGAGACAGGGAGAACAUGCUGGAAGGAAACUGACUGUGGUGGACACACCUGGAUGGGACAGGGUGUCUGUGCAACGCACACCUGAACACAUCAAACAGGAGAUCAUACGAAGCACCUCACUUUGUCUACCAGGACCUCAUGCCCUGCUCCUGGUUCUUCCCAUAUCCAUGGAUGGAGAUCCUCCCUCAGCAAAUGAGAUGAAAUCAGCCUCCCAUCAUGUAGAGCUGCUGUCACCCAGGGCCUGGAGACACACCAUGGUGCUGUUUGUCUGUAAGGAUGAGAUGGAGAAGUCUGUCAUUGAUCGGCAUGUGCAGGGUGCCAAGAAGCUCACUGACAAAUGUGAAGGGAGGUUCUUCAUACUGGAGAGAGACAAUGAAGUCUCCCACCUGCUACAGAAGAUAGAGGACAUUGUAGAGCAGAACUGUGGAGAUUUCCUGAUACCCCAAGUCUACUACGAGGUGUUUGAGAAGAGAAUGCCAAGUGGGAUUGUAGAACAAAGCAAGAUGUAUGAGAGGAGGGAGGAGGAACUCAAGGAGAAGUAUAAAGAGAAACUUCAGAAGAUGGAGGCAGAAAGAGAUAAGGCAUUAAGAAGACGUGGAAGCUUUGGACUCUUACCACCGACCAUGUCUGACACAAGCAAAAUCCAGCAUCAGGAUUCUGAGAUAGAGAAGAUUGAAUUGCAACCUCUGAAACAGGGUUACCAUGAGGAAUUUGUAACAAUUCCGAGAUAUUAUAUUAAGAUGUUAAUGGUCAUAAUGGCGGCUGUCGUGGGAGCAUUUGUGGGGGCAAUUGGGGGAGCAGAUAAAGGAGCUCUGGGAUCAUGUACAGGGAUGGCCAGUGGCUUUUUAAUUGGCCUGUUAAUGGGCUUAUUGGUAAUGGGAGUAACUAAGUUGGUAAAAGGUAACACCAGCUUAACUCUAGUCUUUGGAGGUACAGACCAGAAUCCUCAAGAAAAAAUGCAGGGUCCACGGGACGGUUCACAUUCUCCUAAAACAUGUAAAAAGGAGAAAGAACAGUGACACCAUGUGCUGCAAUUUUCUGUCCACGUUAGGGCUGUAACAUACACCAACCUCACGAUUCGGUUUGUAUCACGAUAUUUGACCCACGGUUCGAUACGAUUUUUUUUUUUUUUUUGGGGGGGGCUAGACAUUUGAUUAAAUACCAGAGGAUUACAGUAUAAUAUAUAGUAGGCUAUAAUAUAUCUGUACUGAUUGGACUGUUCAGUUUUCCCAUGUGUGUUUCAAGGUAAUACU